ACCUGUACGCAGCCAAACGCGGUCUUAGCGAGGGCAGCCAUUGCAUGUCUACUUGCAGAAUCGUCUUUGCUCUCUCUCGAAAAAAGGAUUUUCAGAUCGAAUGGAGACGAGAAGAGUGUUGGGGCUUGUUUGCCUGUCGCUAUUUUCGAUUUUGAUUAUUCAGAAAUCCCAUUUUCCAUAUGAAGCUUUGCUGUCUUCUUCCGGGAAGGUUUAUUCGACCUUUAAUGGCGGAGGGGAUGAUAGAGUCACCGGCCGUGACGGAACGCCGUCACAGUUGAAGUACAAUUUAUCAGUGGCGGUUAAUAUUCCGACGCCGGAGGAUAAUUACGGGUGUAGUGAUAAAUCUCGCAAUGUCUCCGGCGGAAGCCGUACAGGCUUCGCUCCGCCGGCGGCGCCUGAUUCCGGCGUUUCUCCGCCGUCGCCUGGUUAUCCGGCGAAUAAUUCCGAUUCGUUGUCGGAAUCCGAUAGGAAAAUGAUUGUACCCUCCGAUGAUAUCGUAGCAGAAAAUGUGAGCCUCCCAACUGCGGUUGCGGGUGGUGGUGGUGUGGCGGCGACGGCGGCGGCAGCGGUGGUGUCGAUUUCCGAGAUGAAUGAUAUGCUUCGUCAAAAUAAUGCUUUGUUCUUUACAAAGAGUCCGUUGUGGCAAUCGUUGGCCGAUGAUGAAUUAUCCGCUGCAAGAGUCCAAAUCCAACAGGCGCCAAAAAUCAACCAUCAUCCCACUCUACAUGUUUCAAUUUAUCGAAAUCUUUCAACAUUUGUGAGGAGUUACGAAAUUAUGGAACGAAAGCUCAAAGUUUACAUUUACAAAGAAGGGGAAAGACCGGUCUUCCAUAAACCGAAGCUUAGGGGAAUAUAUGCAUCAGAGGGAUGGUUCAUGAAGCAUAUGAAAUCAAGUAACAAUUUUUUAACCACGAAUCCGCAAAAAGCUCACUUAUUUUACUUUCCGUUUAGUUCUCAAUUGUUGGCUGAGCACAUAUAUGUACGGAAUUCACACUCAUUUGUUGAUAUUGAUAAGUAUUUAAACAAUUAUCUCAAUACGAUCAAAAGGAAAUAUCCCUUUUGGAAUAGAACUGAUGGCGCGGAUCAUUUUUUGGUGGCUUGUCAUGAUUGGGCACCAUAUGAAACUAAGCAUCGGAUGUCUAAUUGCUUGAGGGCAUUGUGCAAUGCGGAUGUUAAAGAAGGUUUCCAUUUUGGAAAAGAUGUUUCUCUCGCAGAAACGUACAUUCAUUCCCCUAAAAAUCCGAUGAGGUCGACAGGUGGCGAGCCUCCAUCUAGACGGGAAGUCCUAGCCUUCUUUGCCGGUCAAAUGCACGGUGAACUUCGUCCAAUCCUUCUAAAACAAUGGGAAAACAAAGAUUCCGAAAUGAAGAUAUUUGGUAAGAUCAAUAAGAAAAGCUACAUAUGGUAUAUGAAGAAUAGCAAGUAUUGCAUAUGUGCCAAGGGAUACGAAGUGAAUAGUCCAAGAGUGGUAGAGUCGAUCAUUUAUGGAUGUGUGCCCGUCAUCAUAUCGGACAAUUUUGUGCCCCCAUUUUUCGAUAUUUUGAAUUGGGAAGCAUUCACUAUUUUUGUUCCAGAGAAAGAUAUUCCAAACUUGAAAAGGAUACUCGAGUCGAUCCCAGAGAAAAAGUAUCUUGUGAUGUACAAGAGGGUCGAGCAAGUAAGGCUCCAUUUUGUUUGGCAUAAGGAGCCAAUCAAAUAUGACAUCUUUCAUAUGAUACUUCAUUCGAUAUGGUACAAUAGAGUGUCAAGGUCGCCUCUACGAUGAUCGUUUUGUGUAAUAAUUGAUAUUCGUUUUGUGUAAUAAUUGAUAUUCGUAGUA